AUGGUUUGCAGUGCGGCUGCUGAGCCGGCUUCCGACGGGGCUGCCUCCGAUCUUGUAGGUUCAGAGCCCAGUAGUGGGGGUGAAGAGGAAAUCAUCAUACCCGAGGAUGAUCAAGAGAUCGAGCAGCUGAAGGACAUCUUGGAUGAAUGGUGUCGUGGACGUCCAGAUGGGAGUGAGAUUUCUAGGGCUGCCAUCUUACGGACGGAAAAGGUGCAAAUCUUGAAAGAUAUUUUGGCCAGCUGGGAUGACGACGGGGAGUCGGAUGCGAGUGAGCUAUCCGAUUCGGCCCCAUCCGAUAGCGCAGACGAUGGCUCGGAUGCUGCAUCUGUCGGGGGAGAUGAAGAGAUCUUGCCGGAAGGUGAGCCCGAGCCGGAGCCGAAUGAGUCCAAGAUCAGGAAGACCCGACCACCUGUGCCAGUUUUCGAGGCGGCAUCGACAGUGGUCCUGGGGACAGCUGCUGUGGAGACCGAGGCAACAGGAUCGCCAGUGGAGCCGACUGCCACGAAGGAUGAGGAGCCAGUCCCGAUGGCCGAAGGACCACCAAAGGAGCUCACUGCUUUGGAGCUGCAGGAGCUGGAGCCAGAAGUUCCAAGCGACGAUGGUAUGGGUCACGGCAGAUCCAGUGA